CAGGCAACAUCGUGUCGAUUAUAAGCUUCGCCUCUUCAAUAGGUACAUUCAUGGAAAUUGUGAAGAAGAAAUCGUCUGAAAAUUACAAAGGCGUGCCAUACGUAACAACGCUGCUGAGCACGAGUCUUUGGACGUUGUACGGUGCAGUGGACCCAGACGACGGGGUGCUCAUCGUGACAGUGAAUUCCGUUGGCAUUGCAUCACAGGCGGCCUACCUUCUCCUCUUCCUCUUCUACGCUUCCAAGGAGAGAAAGGUGAAGUAUUUAGGGCUGGUGGUGUUGGAGCUGCUCUUCCUGGGAAUAGUGAUAGCUGCAACCCUGGGUGUGUUUCAUGGAGAUUUGAGGCGAACUUUUGUUGGAGUUUUGUGUGCAACGUUUACUAUUGCCAUGUAUGCUGCACCUUUAUCAGCUGUGAGAAAUGUGGUGCGGACAAAGAGCGUGGAGUACAUGCCGUUUUGGCUGUGUUUGUCCCUUGUUGUGAAUGCUGCAGUUUGGUUUAGCUUCGCAAUGCUUCUGAAAGACUAUUAUGUCCUUGUACCAAAUGCAGUUGGAAUUGUGUUUGGUUCAUUGCAGCUAAGUGUCUACUUUGUGUACAACACCAAGUCUGAUAAAUUGGGUGUUAAAGAAGAAGAUCUGGAGCAGCCACCCAAUCAAUUAGCGUCAUAAAACAAUAGUGGUCUACUAGCUUAUGCAAAAUUCAGAUUGAUUUGGAUUAGUAAUAAGUUUAUUGAGAUUCUUGAAA